AAAUAAUAAUUAGUUAGAAAUAAUAAAUAAUGGAGGGUCUUGAGGACAUCGAGGACGAUUCGAUUCUCUACGAACUUCUGGAGUACUUCGUUAAAAAGCAGGAGCCAGAGCUCAUAAAAUGGAAGAAUGAUGCAGCGAUCCUGUCUACCCCAGGAACAAUAAAAAAUGCUCUGCGCUAUCUGAACAACCGUUACUCCCUUCCAGAAUCGAUUUCCCAGCAGAUCAGCCUUGCACUCCCCUGGAAAUUCUCGAUCGACACAAACGGUCGUCUCCUGGCACUUCUCCAGGAGACCUCCCUGGAGAUUCGUAAAUCAAAGGACGAGUUUUCCUCAGUGAUCUCGAAGGCGACAGUGCCGAAAGACGCAUUUCCACAGUGGCGUCGUCUCUCCUGGAGUCCAGAUGGUUCACUGCUGGUGCUAGCCUGGAGCAACGGAAGUCUCUCCUUCUACAACUCCCUGGGGAAUAAUAUCUUCACGAUCGCUUCGAAAACCCCCUCGCAGCCGCCGGACAUCCUGGAGGCAGGUGACGCCAUCUCCUCCCUGUUAUUCCGACCUCCACGAGAGGACAAAUGGUCUCACGAGCUCCUGGUGGUGACCUACAGUGGCCUCCUGAAGUCCUACAGCAUCUCAGGCAGCCAUGGAUUCAAAUACAACUACGAGUUCUCCUUCGGAAAUUUUUUUCGAAAGGGAGUGAACGCAUUCGCCUACUCAAAGAAGCACAACCUCUUCAUCGUCGCUGGUAACUGCAUAACGCAGAGUCAUUUAGCCUCACCUGCAGCGAGCAGUGGUCUGACGUCCUGGCGUCCCCUGGACGAUUAUCCUUUUUACAAAUUGUCAGUCACCUUUGAGGAGAACUCCCCCUCGGCUCUGUCCCUCUGGCACCUGAUUCCAUCGUUUCGCUCUCCCCCUGCUCCAGUGAUCUUCAGGAUAUCCAUUUCCCCGAGCUGCUGUCACCUGAUUUGCCUGCACACUGACGGCUCUAUCUCCCUCUGGGACCUGCCCUCCCUGAGGCUCAGAAAAAAAUGGAGCCUUCCUGAUCAACCUGGAUAUGACGCCCAGAACCCGGGGCUCAGAAAACCUCGAAAACACUCGAAGGAUCCCUCGGACUUUCACCCCGUGGAUAUCGGCUGGUGGUCAGAUCACGCAAUUAUAAUUGCCAGGUACUCAGGAGCUAUCUCCGUCUGCUCUAUGUCAACACUCAAGAAUCUCCUGGGUGCGAGCCCUGAAUUUCUCUCAGGCCAGCCUCAGAUUUCCGAAUUCUACUCUGGAAAGGGUUUUCUCGCCCUAGACUGCGAAACACUGACGAGUAAAAAAAGACAGCGUACUCCGAGUCACGAUGGAUCGGCGUCCGACCUUGAGGAGAGUGACCUGGAGGAGGAGCUCGAGCCCACAGGUCUCCUGGAUUAUUCCAUCAAUCUGAUUAAAUCGUUUAUCUACUUUGUAACGGAUAUCGAGAGAUUCCAGCCUAAGAGAAAGAAGUCGAGGGUCCUUCAGAGGACUUACCGGGUCCUCGGGCUGCGUAGCACAACACCAGAGGAACUCUACGCCAGAAAAAUCGACAUCGAGGAGUACGAGGGCGCCCUGAGCCUAGCAUGCACUUACAACCUCGACAAGGACUUGGUGUACCAGACCCAGUGGAGAAAGUCAGAGUUCUCACUGGAGGCCAUUAACGACCACUUGGCGAAGGUCUCGAAGAGGUCGUGGGUUCUCAACGAGUGUAUCUCCAGGGUGCCAGAAACCCUGGAAGCAGCCCAGGAACUCCUGAAUUUCGGACUUCGAGGGGCUAAUCUCGAGACACUUCUCUCGAUUUCCAGCCACGACGAUGGAAAACUCCUAGACGACGAGGACAACCAGGAGCUGGUGGAGUUGAAUCAAGACUCCAGCACCCUGAAACAAGCCCAGAGAAUCAAUGACUUGUUAAAGGGGCUGGGUGAGCUUACCGAUGCCCAGAAGGAGCUCAUUACCUACAGACGACAGCUCCUGGAUCACCUGGACAAACUCAAGACGUACGAGAUUAUCUUAGACGGGGGCACAUACAGAAAAGAUUUCUACGAGAAAUUCCGAAGGCUCUCGAUCCUCGAGAAUGCUGUGAAAUUCGCGAGGGACUGCGAUUAUAAAGCUGUCGAGAUCAUGCUGACAUAUCACGGAGGAAAGUUAGUGCCCCACUGGCUGGCAGUUAUCAGCUGUUUUCCAGAGACUCUGAGUCCUCUGGAGUACAAGAAACUUUUACCGGAGUGUGAUACCGAGGGUCAACUCUAUUUGCUUUAUCAAAAGGAGCUGAGGCCCAGGGACUGGUCCGAGAUGUCUCAGUUCGAGGAGAUUUUUUUGAAUGACUCCAGGGAGGAGACAGAACUCGUCUACGAGGAUGAUCCUUCCUUAUCCCCUUACAGAAAUACUGAAUUAACGAUGAAUUUGCUGACCAAAUGGUACACAUCCAGGGCGAAACAGAUCGAACGAGAUUCAUGCAUCGUGGAGAAUGCCCUGGAGCUAGUGAAAAUAGGGAAAUCCCACAGGAUUGAGGGGCUCGAGGAGCUGCUGGUGGAGCUAGAGACCCUCAAUGAUCUCGUCUACAAGAUCUGCCUCGAGGAUACAUCUCUUACGCAACUGGAAAAGCUCUCGGACCUGCAGAAGCUCCAGAUGAUAAUGGGGAGAACCUCGGAGGGGAGGUUCAUUCACGACAUCACACAUUAUGUCCUCCCUUUUCUCUGGAGGCGACGGGAGUACCUGGAGAUCCCACUGGAGAGGCAUCUCUUCAAGGAAUACCUGGUGGGCUUGAGUGAGAAUGACCUGACAUUGCCAUCGAUUUUGUUUCACUCUCUUGGUCAAGAGCCCAGAGUUCUCGAGGCCAUCGAUGACGUCAUGCUCCUAGCCCUCGACUGCAUUCACUCCUGUGUGGAUCCUGAGAUGUAUCAGAGGGCCAGAGAAAUCCUCGAGGCUGUCUCAAGGCCACAUUCAAGUGCCAAAGACUCCUCUAGGGGGGAUAACCCUCUGGACGACCUCGAGAAAGAGCUCGAGUGUUUGAAGAUUCUUAAUAAGUACCACGUGAGAUCAACUAUUAAAUUCAUAAAUGAAAAUAAGGAAAAUCCUGAUGAGGUGAGGCUCGUCUUCGAGGAAAUGGCGAAAUCCCUGAAGGAAAGAGGUUCUGCUCCCCAGGAGGUCUGGACAGAAUUGUUAAAUGACAUCCUUCAAGUCCAGGGUUUGAUAUUCACCUGCAUCGAUCCAGAGAAAUGUUUUGAGAUCGUCGUCUCCAUGAAAUUGUCCUCCGGAGUGAAGUCGAGUAUUCAGGACUGUGUGUCGUUGAUAGAAACGAAGAAAAAGGAGGGCUCGUUCCUGAAGAUAUCAUACCCCAGGGCGGUAGAACUGGUGGUGGAUGCAGCUAGGGAGUACUUCAACGCCUCGAAGAGCCUCCACGAUCCGACGAUGGACCUCGCCAAGGCCUGUCUCAACCUAAUCGAUGAAGAGGACAAGCAGAUCCAGGGGGAGUUCGACCUCAUCAAUGCCCUUCAGGUUCUCGACGAGUUCAGCCUGAAUAUUCUUCCCCUGCAGGUGAGAAUCUCCCAGGAUAAGUUGAAGCUCAUCCAGAAAUGUUUGGACAGCUGUGAGGGUGCGUACAAGCGCCAGCAGAGGCUUCUCACCCUCUCGUCGUACCUCCACGUGGACCAGAAACACCGGAAUGGCAAGGUCCUCGCACUGAUCGCCAAGAAGGCCCUGGACGUGGGAGAUUUGAGUGUCUGCGCCUCCACUUGUAAAAAAAUUAUGGACAACAGUUACUCCCCUGCCUGGGAGGUCGUCCACAGGUUGGCGUCCUGCGAGGGGUAUCCCGAUCUCGUCCUCAGGAGGAGAGCCUUCUGGUUCGCCAUUACUCACGGGCCCCUGGAUAUCCUAGAGGAAUCCCUCAGGGAGGUUCAUCUCAUAGAAAUUCAACUUUUGAAUAAAGACCUGGAAACCUGGGUUCAUACCUUUGCUGACGAUCCGGGAAACGACGACAGUGACCCUGAGGACGACUUCAGGGAUGCUGUGACCACUCCCCAAGUCGAGGUUAAAGAGUUCGUACCGAAGAUCCUGGAGACGUCAACUGGAAUCGUUAAGAAUUCAGCGCAAAUUUUUAAUCAGUCCCUUGGGAUUAUCAGGAGUGCUCUCAGGAUUAAAGAGGACGUCUUCGAGGACACGUACGACGUUGAUGAGGACGCCACCCUCGAGAGAUACCGGGGCGUUCUCCAGAGCUUUCCCUUCUUCUAUCAAACGCUGCAUGAAAAUUGUCUCGUCAGUAGAAUCGACACGAGGUACUCCAAGUACACUCGACCCAAUGGGGAUAACACCAGGUUGAGAAUGUGCCAGACACUCGUCAGGGUGGCACUACUCAGUGAAACUGCGUGCUAUGGCCUGGAGGUAUCUGACGUCAGGCAUUUCUUCGUCGAGUGCUCCAGGCAUGUUCUCAAUGACGACUGGGCUCUCGGUUUUUCUUAUUUGUUGGCGUGCGGGGGGGACCUCCUGGGGAAUGUCCAAGAGGUAUUCAAGGGUGUGAAGAGGAGUGAGAUGAUUGUACAGGGGAUUGUCUAUUAUUAUGGACUCCAGAUACUCAAAGACAAAUUCUCUGAGGGUCUCAGUCUUCUCUAUGACCCUAUCGAGGUCGUUGGUGCCGCCCUCCUGGAAGCGGAGGGACAUGAAGACGACGUAGCCAAAGAAAUCAUCUCGUGGGGACGGAGUUUACGUGACGAGAACACCGAAGAUCCUGAUCCUGAACCUGAGGAGGAGAAGGUGGAUAAAAGGGAGAGAGAGAAUUUAGGGGAAUCGAAAACGGAAAAAAUUAAUGAGGACAUUUGUCCGGUUGUUGAUACUAUCCAGGACUGGGGGGAUGAUCCGUGGGGUGACGAUUUUUCUGCGGACGGUAAAAUCGAGGGAAAUGAAAGAGGAGAGAAAAAUGGAGAGGAAAAGGAGAGAAAUCAUGAGGCUGACGGAUUCCUUGUCGGAGAUGAGGAUGAGGGGGCCUGGGGGGAUGCUGAAUUCAAGGAUGAGGACAUCAUUUGUGAGACUGGAAGAUUAAAACAAGAGGAUGAGGUUGAUGAGAUAAUUUUACAAGAUAAAAAAUGUGGGGAAAUAAAACCAUUGGAGGAAUCCCGAAGGAUUGAAGAAAAAUUGGAAAAGUACGAGAAUGAAGGAUGGGGGGAUGAUGACACCUGGGGUAAGGCCUGGCCUGAGGAUGGAGAUACAGAUGAUAAAGGGAAGACGAGAGCUGAAGAAGAAGCGAUGGAAGGGAAAAAUGAAAUUCAAGGGGAGGAACGAACCGAUAAUUUCGCAGAGAGAAUUAAAUCCGUGGAAUCAUCUGGAGAUCAAAACUGGGAGGAGGAAGUAGAGUGGGGCGACUGGGGGGAUUUUCCAGAGGAAGAGGGAGUAAUCCUCCAGAAGGAAUCCAAGUCUACAGGGAUGAGUGGGAGUGAAGACAUUCCGAUUGUCGAUGACUCGACGGAAGAGGAGAGAUUUAAGAUUUUCGGGGAUUUAUUCAGUAAUAUGGAGAGCAGGGAGGAUUAUUUCAAGGUCAAAGAGGUGCUGAAGAGGUGGCCCACCUUCGGAGACUCUCAGUUCGUUGCGGUUGAGAAUAAUCCGGUUCUGAGGGUUUUGGAGAGAGUCAAUAGAAUUUUUGGCGCGAAAAAGGGAGGGGAAAACAUCGUCCUGGAGGAGUACAGGGACCUUUUGAAAGGGCCGUCAGUCCCUGAGGAGGUUCUUCACGAAUUCAUAAAAAAAUUCGACGAAUCUUGCAGUUUGGAAGAAAAAAUUCUCCUCCGAUUGUCCUCGGGCAAUGCAGUGCUUCAUCAGGAAGCCCUGGAUUUAAUGAAGUCGUCGAGCCUAUCGGAAUUUUCCCUCCCCAUCCUAGAGGAGGUAUUCUUCAAGAACCUGACAUCAUCAUUUCCUCCUCAUCAUCAUGUCUACGAUAAAAUCCUCGAGCAGAUGUUUUGCAAUCAUGAUUUACCUGAACUCGAGCCAAACAUGAGGAUUUUAAUAAAAAAACUAAUGGAGGGGAAACAUAUUCCUUAUGCUGUUGCCCUCUGGAGUCAGCUGGCUGGAGUGCCACCAGCAUUAACCACCUUCGAGAGCUGCUUCCAGCUUCUGCUGGAGGAAUAAAUCGUAAUUCCUCACACCAUCCAUUGAAUUUCAAAUUCAGUACUAAAAUCGUACUCUUUCCUCUCAAGUUUUCAAUUAAAUGCUGAGGAUUCUAUUGCAAAAAAAAAUUGUCAAGUCCAAUGGACCGCACAAGAAAAAAAA